AUGUCCGACUCGGAUGAGGAUAAUACCACCAAGGAACACGAGAUCCAUGAGACCAAGUCCGAGUUCACUUCUGAAGCUGGAAAUGAACAGGCCAUCAUGGAUAAUAUCGCGUCAGCGAGUUCCCGUGAGAUCGUCAUGGUCCAUGGAAACGAUGAUGACGAGGAGGACGACAAAAAGCCACCAGCCAUAGAAUCGUUUUCUCAGGAAUCUGAAAUCAUCUCCAUGGAAGCACCACAGGAAUCUUCCCACAGAUCGCCGCCAUCAAACGAUGGUCGAGAAACCCACGGGAGAGAGACAAACGAAACAUCAGAGGUCUCAAAUGGAACAGCAGAACUCGCCACAAGUGCCUCGCCACCGACCAACGUUGCGCAAGUACCAACACCAUCCCGAAAUACCCGCGCACAGAGAUUGGCCAGAAAACGGGCACAAAUGAAUGAUCACAGCGCAAGUCCUGUGCCGCCAAGCCACGUGGCCACAGAAAAUCUCACUGCAUCCCCGAAUGGUAUGAAUACAGCGAGAUCAAGGCUCCCACCCAUCAUAGCACCUGAACCUACAACCCCGCCAAGAAUAGCUGCUGGAACGAGACUCCCAGGAGACGACAUGGCGACGAGUCCAGUUGCAAGCUUACCAGGGGAUGAUCUAGUCAACAAUCUGUCAGCAGAUAGGGCCAUUACAUCUAGAUCCAUUACAUCUAGAGCUCGACAGCCAGUUCAUACGCCAUCCAGAGAAGCAGCUGAGGGUUCCCAAGGGCCCUUGCCACACGGCCCAAGGCUGACCAAAACGAGGCCAAAUCCAACAACUGAAGACGCAACAAUCGCCACAGAUCUUGCAACAACUCCUGGUGACGGCCUUCCCGGUGCUUACCGAGAACGGAAUAGAGCCAUUGGAGAUAUUCCUGUUUGGGGCCUCAAUGCGGCUGUAACUGGAAACCAAGCAGGGGGUGCAGCAUCAACAGGCACAACUGCAGGAGCAAACGCACCGGAGGAAAGUGCUCCCAGUCUAGCUGCAGGGGCACCAGACUCAAACAUCCAGGAAGAAAGAAUCCCUCCGCCAAGUAUGGCUCUGACUGCCUCGACGGACAUUGAGAACUCGGCUGCGCUUGCCAACGCCGAACCCGUCACCGAUGCCGAGCCGGUGGUGUAUGCCGAGGAUGUAAAGGAGGACGAAAUAGAAAUUGCAAGAAGAAAACUGCUGCUGCUCGGAACGACUGCUCUGGUGGUUAUCGUCGGCUUGGUUAUCACCCUUGUGCUGGUGCUUGCCAUCCACGAGAGCGACGAUAUAUGCCAACGUCCCAUUGAGGAGAUAUCUAUCAGUACUUACUGCGGAUGCCAGGGCACAGCAAAUGGAUACUUGAACCACUUUGCCAACAAAGACAAGACUUUGUACACGCGCUAUAAUCACUUGAAAGGAUUUGUGAUUGCAAACUCGUUGGUGAAUUCGACUAUCGAAAUAUCAGAAGAAUCUUGUGAGAUUGAAAACUUGGCCCUGGUAUCCAUGGCAAGGAUCAGUAAAGGGAUUUCCUUUGAGGAUUUUGACGCUACAAGUCUUGGCCCCCUUCGAGAAUCUAUGACCUCACAGAUGUUUGCCAUGCAUAGAUUCUACUUUAGCAUGAAUGGCGAUUAUUGGAUCCGGAAAGACAAUUGGUUGGAGGACAAUGAUGUAUGCCGUUGGCACGGAGUACAUUGUAUCUUCCCAUCCUUGGUGUCGGAGAUGGAACUUCCAUGGAACAAUAUCUCUGGCACAAUACCAGAGUACAUCGGCCUAGCUCAGUCGCUGAAAAGACUUGACUUGUCAAACAAUCCAAUCCAUGGCUCAAUUCCGUCCGGUUUCACUGUGUUCCCUAACCUAAACGAACUUGAAUUGUCCAAUACAAGCUUGACUGGCACGAUUCCGUCUCAGGCGGUCGCGUCCUUUACGAGCCUUUUAAAACUCGAUUUGUCCAACAAUGCCCUCACGGGUACCAUACCCUCCGAGAUGGCGUCAUUGCGGCUACACGUACUAAGGCUUGAUAUGAACAAGCUGGUGGGGACACUACCCGCCUUUGGACAAGGGGCGUACAAUCGAGGGCUUCAGUUUCUCUCUGUUCGCCACAAUUUUUUGCAAGGGUCUGUGCCCAGGGAGUUCCAGAAUUCAACCAGGCUUGAAUACGUGGAUCUUUCCUACAACAACUUCAAGGGCUCGCCGCCCGAUUUUGUGACCGCCUCUCGAGGAGUUGCUGUUAUCAACCUGAUUGAAAGCGGUUUCGAGGGACAUCUUCCCAAUGCUUACUGCAAAGUGAGGUCGAAUGCAAUUGUGCUUGCAGAUUGCCGAGGGGUAUCUGCCAUCCAGGACUGUCUUUGCUGUGCCCACAACUCGACAACUGUUCUAACGUGCCGAAACAAGCUAGAUAAACCGAUUUUGGAGUAUGUCACAGGACCUGACCCUAGCAAUUAG